AGGGGCAGGGGGUGGGGUUAAGGAGCGGGGUGUGUGUGUGUGUGUGUGUGUGUGUGUGUGUGUGUGACAGGUUAGGGCCACAGAUCAGGUUUCCUCUACCCGGGAGACUAGUAUCCUGGAGACACUCUCAGCCUGGUGUCCUUUCCUGUUGCUUUGUAGGCUGGCGUCAAGAUUAUGCUAAUUAACUCCAAGUCCCAAGACUCUUGUUGCCUGGUGACAAAGUUGCACAGUGGAAGAGCGUCAGGACAAAAGGCAGAGCUUACCUUCUAGCAGUUUUAUGUGACUUCUUCCUCAGAGUCAUCACCAUCAACUCAGAAAAACCAUCUUCACAUACAUUCCCAUACUAAGAGACCAUGGCUAAGGGUGGGAAAGGCCCCAAGGGCAAAAAGAUCACCCUCAAUGUGGCCAAGAAUUGCAUCAAAAUCACCUUUGAUGGGAAAAAACGCCUUGAUCUGAGCAAGAUGGGAAUCACCACCUUCCCCAAGUGUAUCCUGCGUCUCAACGAGGUUGAUGAGCUUGACCUUAGCCGGAAUCUGAUCAGGAAGAUUCCCGACUCCAUCUCCAAGUUUCAGAACCUGCGAUGGCUAGACCUGCACAGCAACUACAUUGAUAAGCUCCCUGAGUCCAUAGGCCAGAUGACCUCUCUGCUCUUUCUCAACAUCAGUAACAACAGACUGACCACCAAUGGGCUGCCCGUGGAACUGAACCAGCUCAAGAACAUCCGCACCUUGAAUCUUGGCCUCAACCACCUGGACAGUGUGCCCACCACACUGGGGGCACUGAAGGAGCUCCAUGAGGUAGGGCUACAUGACAACCUGCUGAGUACCAUCCCUGGCAGUAUCUCCAAGCUCCCCAAGCUGAAGAAGCUCAACGUAAAGAGGAACCCCUUUCCAAAGUCAGAUGAGUCAGAAAUGUUCGUCGACACCAUCAAAAGGCUGGAAAACCUCUAUCUGGUCGAUGAGAAGGAUCUGUGCACAACUUGCCUGCAAAAAUGCCAACAGGCCAGGGACAAGCUGAACAAGAUCAAGAGCAUGGCCCCCUCGACACCAAGAAAGGCCAUCUUUUCCAAUUUGGUUUCACCCAACUCAAUGGCCAAGGAUUCCCAGGAAGAUUGGAGGUUGAGCUCAGCAUCCAUCUCCUAGUGUAGCUUAUGGCAAAAACACGAAGACCCAUCAGCUAACAGAAAUAAACGACUCUGAAGAAGAAAAGCCCCAAAUUAGAAGACAGAGUGGCACAGGGAACAUUCUGGAAGACAGGCUCUCCGGUGCUGCCCACGUUACUGAAUUGCUCUAUCAAUUUUACUUUGUUUCCCUUGGUUCUAGGCUACAUGCUUCUGAAAAGGCCUUUGAAAGAUAUUUCAUGUGGUUUUCUGCAUGUAUGUAAAGAGAACAUUUAAGAAAAUUAUAGAUAUACAUUAAAGACUCAAAAGUCUGCAUUAAGAAUGAAAAGUCUUUAGGUCUCUACAUGUCAUUCAAAAUGGUACUAUCUCAUCACCAGUAAAUCGUAAAAAUUACAUGUAUGUAAUUAUGUACAUGAAGGAGAUAAAAACAUGUAUAAAAUAUACACAUAGAGAAAUGUAUUCAAACAUACUAUAGGCAAGUUAAAGUAAAAUUUUAAUUAUCCCCUUGGUUGUGCACAAAAAGGCAGCAAAAAGAAAAUGGGGAUAAUCAAGGAAAGCUCAGGCAAAACUUAAAAUGGCCAGCUUGUGUUCUAACACGUCAAUAAUUACACUAAAUGUAAAUGGCCAAUUUUAUUUGUAGUGACUCCAAACUAGAAACAACCAAAUGGCUUUCAAUCUACAAGUAGCUGAGCAAACUCUGGUACCACAUCAUGCAUAGAGUGUACCAUUUGAAUAUGCAACAGCUUGGACAGAUCUCAAUGUAUUAUGCUAGGUUUUAAAGGACCAGUCUCUAAAUACUGCACACUGUGAUUAUAUUUGUAGGACAGUCUUUAAAUAAUAAAAUGAAAGUUGUGAACAGAAGUAAGAAGUUUCCAGUGGCUAAGAAUGGCAGGCAUUGCAGGGCUGAGCCUGAGAGUGAAAUGGCAGUGCAAGAGCUGUCUUUACACUGAUAGAAUGAUUGCUCAUGAGGAUGAUGGCGGCACUUGCAUGAAUCUGCACAAAUGACAAAAAUCACAGAGAUGCAAACGUACAUGGAAUGGUCCUGAUUUUAAAACUAAGUCAGUGGUUAAACCACAUGCUCCCAUGGAGGGUUGGGGGUAAAUGAGGCAUAUAUAGACUUCACUGUUUUGCAACUUCCUGUGAGUCUAUAGAUACUUUUAAAAUGAAACUUAAAAAAAAAAUUACAGUCUAAACUCAAUAAGAGGCAGAUCUUUGUACAUCUCUCCAGUACGAACUUAAGAGUCACUACAACAUGGUUAACAUGAGACUCUAGCAUACCCAGUAAGCCCUGAGCUGCAAUUCUUCAGCUGUGCCAGAGUUAAGACAUUUCAAGCAAAACAGCACUUUACCUUCAACUCACUGGCCUCAUAUCAAAGUGCUCACUGUUGAUUGCAUCCUUGCAGAGUCUAAGAAAUUUGCUUUUGAAAAAAUGUAUGGCUUCUGUGUCUAUGUUCUAGGCUUGGAGUUAGGUGAGCACAAGUAGCAUCUGGGGUGGAUGAACCAAUAAGCUGCUUUCCACUGUUCCUGGACCUUCACACAUCGGUUCCCCAACCCCAUGUUGCUGCAGGAAUGUGUAAGAAGCAUCUGAAUGCUAGAGUAUUGGUUGUCACACUCAUUUUAAGUUUGUGGCAGUAUUUAUUCUACUUCUGGUUAUAAUGGUUGUUCCCUAGGCCCAGAGGGAUGAAUUGUUUCAUCUUCCAUCAUGGACUUCUCGGGGCUUCAUAUCAUCAAGAAAUCCAAGAACCAUAUUGCUCCAUUCAGAGGGGAGCUAGAAUGAGCUUCACUGAAAUGAUUGUGUACAGUACAGAUAUCUAGCCUCUGAGUUAGUCAUUUACACUGAUCUCUGGGGAGGGGACUGAGGUGGAAGCGUGGGAAGAAGGGGAACUUGAUAUUGAGCUCCAGGCUAUUAAGAGUGUACCCGUGGCACUGUAACUGAUUGUAGAAGAUCACCAUCUUACAGGAAUUUCAUAGCUUCUUAUCACCGACACUCUAAAUUCCUUGUCUUUUCUUAUUUUCAAAGAGAAUUUAUAAAGGAAAUAAACAGAAAACCAUCGAUGGUAGAACAUUGUGUUGAAAAAUGAGUUUUGUUGUCAACUCUAGAGCACUGGAUACCGUUCCCAGUAGAUGACAAAAAGUUUCUACAAGGGCCUCCAUUCUUGGGCCCAUGCUGGAACUGUGCCAGGCAUGACCUAGCGUGAUCCAGGCAGAUCCUGCCACCGUGGGAAAAAUCAUCACAGUGGACCUAAAAGCAGCUGUUCCAUACAGGUGAGGAGGAGCACAAGGUCAUUAUCAUCCUAUGGAAGACUGUGGAAUUUCCAGUUAUUUGACCCAUCACCGAGAACUGUCAUUUACCACCUGACAGCCACCCCUGUAGGGAUCCCCAGUGUGGUGGGUCGGUUCAUCUUCUGGCACAGCCAGUUCAUCUUCCACAUUCUUCCUUCUACCCAUUCUCUGUCUGCUUCCUCUCCAGCUGGACUAGAAACUGAGACAGACACAGGGGGUGUGUUGCUGAGGAAGAGCCCUUUAAGAUUCUGAGGACAGUAGCCUAAGAAUAGUUAUAGACAGCUAUGAGAUCAUGUGCUUCACAAGAUGCCCUUCUAAGAGCACACUGCCCUGAUCUGACCAAUGAAAUAAUUCGAUCGGUUCUCAGAUGAACAUGUAAACUAGAUUGAGAAAAUCAAUUUGUGACUAUUUUGCUAAAAUUACCUGGAUACAGUGUGUG